AUGGAGGAGGAAGGAAGGAUGAAGAGAUGGCAACAAGAUUUAAUCGCUUGGACAAAAGUAGUAGGUGUAGUACUGCAGCAACAACAACAAACACCAGAUGAAGAAAUUUUAAAAUAUUAA